AGCGGUACUCGUUUGCGCACUCUGGCGGCUCUGGUGUGUGGGUGACGGAUUUCUUUCUGUACGGAAAAAUGGCUGCUCAUGUUGGUCGUACCGGCUCUGCCGGUUGGCCCAAAAGUGCGCCCCAGGGGCAGUUUACUGGAAAAUACAUGGCUUCAAACAGCUCUAAUGUAUUGAACUUUACAUUGAAUAGGACAGUCAACCUGUACCCGUUGACAAACUACACUUUUGGUACGAAGGAGGCACUUUACGAACGUGAUAACUCUGUGCCAGCACGUUUCCAAAGGAUGCGGGAAGAGUUUGAGAAGAUUGGCAUGCGGCGAUCAGUAGAAGGCGUCUUGCUGGUGCAUGAACACGGUCUUCCUCAUGUUCUUUUAUUGCAGCUUGGAACUACGUUCUUCAAGUUACCUGGUGGGGAGUUGAACUUGGGCGAAGAUGAAGUAGAUGGCUUAAAGCGUCUCAUGACAGAGAUUUUGGGCAGACAAGAUGGUGUCAAGCAAGACUGGGUGAUUGAAGAUACAGUUGGAAAUUGGUGGAGGCCCAAUUUUGAACCACCUCAGUAUCCAUACAUUCCACCUCACAUUACGAAGCCCAAAGAGCACAAGAAGCUGUACCUGGUCCAGUUGCCUGAGAAGGCACUUUUUGCGGUUCCCAAGAAUUACAAGUUGGUUGCAGCGCCAUUAUUCGAACUGUACGACAAUGCGCAAGGUUACGGCCCCAUCAUUUCCAGUCUGCCACAAGCACUAAGCAGAUUCAACUUCAUCUACUUGUGAAAGUCAUGUUCAAUCAGCCAUCCAGUAAACUUGUUGUUAUGACACACCACAUAUGAAGCAUUUGAAGCUGAGACAGUGGCAUAAAGAUCGGCUCCAAGACGUCGAAUCCUCGUGAUGUGUUACGGGAAAGACUUCCACUGACAUUUCCCCCUCCCCCUUUUUUCAACAAAGGAACAUCUUAAAUGAAAUCUACGAGUCCCUCAUUUUAAAAAAUAAAUGUGCACGGAUGCCCCUUAUGUUCUAGUGUCAAACAGCGCUUCAGAUGUGACACGUUCUUGCCCUUGAUGGUUCGCUGCUUUGAGAGGUUUUGAGUCCUUGUUUAUUGUGCAUUCAUGAUCUUAGGCCGCACGUACAUCCAAGAUAUUUUAUGUCUAAACCUGGCUUUGUUUAUGAACAUAGACUUUUGUUGUAUUCUGAUGGAGAUCUGUUCCUUCAUUUGAAUUCAUCCAUGAAGUGAACUUUUAAUGUCUUUUUGUUUAUUUUUUAGUAUAUUUACUAGCUUUAUAUGUCUGAAGCACUUUCUCAAAGCAUGGUAUUAACAGCCAUCGCAGAAAGAAAUGAGCCAUUACUUCUCAAGUUGAGGGUAGGCAGUUGUAAAUGAUGAAUGCCUUGUCCACAUGUCUUUACAAACUUAAGGGGCAUUAGUAAUUGUUAUAUCAUCAACCUCCGUUCUUGAAAUGCCUUGCUUGUUUUCACUCACUUGUAUCAUCUGUUGGUAAAGAUGCUUCAUCUCCUGAGUUUCACAGAUGUGCUGAAAGGACUCAAUUCGUAGGAAAGGGUCGAUUCACAUGUGCUGUGUGAAAAGCAACUUUACUGUUGCACAGCAUAGUAGAGCAACACCACCAUUGGAGCAAUAGGUGUGCCACUAUGAAUCGUGGACUCAUAAGGUAAUAAACAUUGUCUAAAUGCCAAUUCUGUGCAGUAUCAUUGGGAUUCUUGGUGUUACUUCUGUUAAGUAGCAUCAGCUAGUGCAAUUAUUUUUUUUUUUUUUCCUAUGCUAUCAAUUUCAAAUGAGUUGUGCUGUAUGAAUUGACCCUUAACCUUGCAAACAGGGCACUCCUCUUACCAUGUCAGUUUGUCAGGCAUGUUUUGAAACAUGCCAGUGAAAAUGUGUUCACCAGCAUCUUGAUGUUUUGGACUAUGUCUGAUGCUUCUAAGAGCCACAGUCAACAUGUGACAAUUGAUCAUCUGUUCUUACUAAUAAUCCAUACUUUGCCAUCAUAAAACACAUUCGCACUUGAUGUACUACGUGGCACAUGAAAAAUACUUCAUACAUGCAAGUAAUAUAAAACGAUACUUUUAGGGCUGUGCGAAUAUUUGGAUUUUUCAAAUACUGUGCGUCUAUUUGACUUCUGAAUUGAACAUUGAAUUCUAUAUUCAAAGAGGUGUCCCUUUCAGACCGGAUAUAUUCAAGUAGUGGCGAACAGCGACUUAUUCUGGGUAAAUCACUGGUUCCGAAGCGAAAAUGCCAUAAGAGAAGAUAAUGCAACCAAAAGCGCUGCUCCAUACAAAUAUCCAUGUACAGUUUGGGACAAAAGUGUACGGAACACGGGACUGACGUAUGUCUCCAUUGGAGCGGCCUCCUGCUGGCUAUCAGGAAGAGAUCGAAUAAGAAACGGGUGACCGCCUAUUCCAUCCAUCUCUCGGUGUGUGUACCCGCGCCUGUUUGCUGCUAGCGUGUCACUCCAAUGGAGAAAUGCGACAUCCCGGUGUUUCGUACAUAUGACGUGCACAUAUUGCACAUGUAUUCGGUUCAGUUCUAUUUGCUGCAGCUGUAUUUCUCUUUGCUUCUUAUUUGCUUGGUUUUGAAAUGAUUGUUCGCACAGCCCUAAGUAUUUUCAUUGUCCCGUCCUGUAUCUAGAGAAGUAAUGUUGCAGUAAAUUAUUAUUGCAAUAUUAAUGUGAUAAAGCAUGAGACUUUAUGCUCUUGUAAAAAUUGAACUUUGAACAUUUUAGUUUUAUUGUAAUUGUCGUUUCUGUAGCACUACAGUGGUAAACCAACCUUCAAAGCAGCCGUAGCAUUGGCGAACAUUUGCAUGUACAUAAAAAAAAUACAUAAAUUUAUAAUCUGCUUAAAUAAAGCCUCCUGGUUUGAAGGAGUACUGGCGA